AUGGUACCGCCAGUUGUUUCACCCCCAGUAAAGCGUAAAAAGGGGAACCAUGGGUAUGCAAUAAAUCGGGCUAUACCUCAAAAUCAAUCCACUAAAGUAACAACAGAAGCUCCAGCUGUAGUAAAGCUCUUGUGUUUUCCAGCAACACAAACCUCAAUGCAAAAAACUGUGAUUCCAGGCCAAAUAGCAUUUCCAGCACUUACACAUUUGCAGCAGAAUCAGCCACCUGAAGGUCCUGUACAAGGACACCAUCAAAUUGUGGUUCCACAGUGUAUUCCAUCUCCAGCAACAGCAGGAAGUUCCCAGCAAGUGUUGGCACCAAGGGCAGGAAGAGAUCCUUUGAAAAUGCCCUCAGGAGAAUUAAGCAUUCAGUGGCAGGUAUUAUAUUAUGAUACAUUAACUGUUUAACAAUAUAACAUAUUCACUGUACUAAAAAAAACUAUAGCACUGUAUCAAAGAUGACAAGAGUAACUGUGGUUUAACUGCUGUUUCCCUAGAGUAAAUAAGAUUUUCUUGGCCCAAUUUUCCACUUUUGAAGAUGUGAGGAGAAGUUAUUUCUGACAACACAAACCUCAAUGCAAAGAACUGUGAGUCCAGGCUAAAUUUAUUAUAUUUAUUUGACAACACAAACCUCAAUGCAAAGAACUGUGAGUCCAGGCUAAAUUUAUUAUAUUUAUUUGACAACACAAACCUCAAUGCAAAGAACUGUGAGUCCAGGCUGAAUUUAUUAUACCAUUUUCAAUGCUUUUACAUUUGCAGCAGAAUCAGCCACCUGAAGGUUCUGUACAAGGACAGUAUCCAAUUGUGGUUCCACAAGGUAUUCCAUCUCCAGCAACAGCAGGAAGUUCCCAGGAAGUGUUGGUACAAAGGGCAGAAGGAGAUCCUUUGA